AUGUCGGAGCGAAAAGUUUUGAAUAAAUACUAUCCGCCAGAAUUUGAUCCAUCAAAGAUCCCCAAACUCAAGCAGGGCAAGAACAGAACAUUCAGCAUCAGAAUAAUGGCCCCCUUCAAUAUGAGGUGCAACACAUGUGGAGAAUAUAUCUACAAAGGAAAGAAGUUCAAUUCUCGUAAGGAGAAUGUGGACAAUGAAGACUACCUGGGUUUGAGAAUCUUCAGGUUCUACAUCAGGUGUCCUCGGUGUGUGGCAGAAAUUGCUUUCAAGACAGAUCUCGCGAACACAGACUAUGCUCUGGAAGCUGGAGCCACACGCCUGUUUGAGGCAGAGAAGCUGGCACACCAGAUGGCAGAAAAGGAGAGAAAAGAGAAAGAGGAAGACGAACUCAAUCCAAUGAAGGUUCUGGAGAACCGCACCAAGGCAAGCAGGAAUGAGAUGGAGCAACUGGAUCAGCUGGAAGAGCUGCGGGAGAUGAAUGCCCGCCAUGCCAAAGUCAACCAUGAGGAGAUGCUGCAGCAGCACAUGUUGUACGAGGAGCAGCUGCUGAAGCUGCAGGAGGAGGAGGAGGAUCGGCUUGUCCAGGAAAUCAUGAGAAAGGGGGUAUCCAGUCAGACAAUUAAGAGGAUUCAGGAUGAUGAUAGUGAUGAUGAGGUUUCAGCAAAAAAGUCACGGCAAGAGAAAAUAACUGCAGCAAGACCUACAGAUGUGUUGGCGGAAGGGUGUGCUGAAAUCAAGGAAGUCAAGGAGAAACAGAAGGAAUCUUGGGAGCGCAGUGUUGGAUCAUUCUCCUCCAAAGCUGUACUCUCAGGACUAGUAAAGAAGAAAGUGGUCCCCAAACAGUCACCAGCUUCUACAUCCCAGCAACCUGUAGCAGUGAAACCGGAAGCCCAAGAGUUGAUCCAGGUGAAAGAAGAAGUGGAAAACAACGACAGAAUGACAAACAGCGACAGAGAAGCCCACCCUGCUGGAGAGUCUGUAGCAGUUGAUGUCAAACCAGCUGCCGGCAGUACAGGUUUAGGGUUGUUGGGGCAAUACUCUGACUCUGAUUUAGAGGAUAGUGAGUGA